AUGAUUCAUAACUCGUCCCCAGCAAUUGUGGUUAUCGGGUGCGGUGUGAUCGGCCUAUCUUCUGCUCUCUCAUUGCAGGAAUUACUUCGUGAUGAUCCAUCCAAGUCUUCUUGGCAGGUUGUAAUUGUCUCCAAAGAAUGGCCUACUUCUAUUCCCGGGGCUCCCAUCCCACAUUCAAUCGAAUACAGUUCUAUGUGGGCUGGGGCCCAUGUCCGGCCCAUCCCUCCCACCACCACGCAGCUACGGCAAGAGGGUCUUUGGCUAAAACAGACAGUCUCGAAGUUCAACAGCCUUCUCAAAGCUGAAACUCAAAUUGGACUGACCUUGGCGCCGGCUAUUGAAGUAUUCGAGGCACCUGGGGACGAGUACAAAGCUCAGACGGCAGAGAGCUUCGAGGCUGACUCGGGGCUAAAAGGAUACCGCGAAUUGACAGCGAAAGAGCUGCCAAACGGAACAACGUUCGGGUUUGAGUAUGAAUCGUACUGCAUUAAUUCUCCCAUAUAUUGUGGGGACCUUUUGAGGAAGUUCAUUAUCGCGGGAGGGAAAACGAUCAAUGCAACCCUCAGAAGCGUGGACGAGGCAUCAAUCAUUACACCCAAUGUCCAAUUCCUGGUAAAUACUUCAGGGAUUGGUUUCAAUGACUCCAAGGUUUUUCCCAUUAGAGGACAUAUCGUGUUGACGAACAGUACUUGCUUUGACAAGACAAUUACGCGACAAAACCUGGAUGGUACAUGGAACUUCAUUAUACCUAGAUUUUUCUCUGGAGGAACAGUGAUCGGUGGUACUAAAGAGCCUCACGACUGGCGGCGGGAUCCCGACUCUGCAACCUGCCGCCGCCUUCUAACAGGAGUAGAAGAGCUGAAACAAUAUGCAUUGUCCAGUGGAUCUCUAGGCCAGCCUGAGAACAUUUCAGUUAUCCAGGAAAUUGUUGGACGACGCCCAGCUCGCGAGGGUGGCUUGAGACUCGAAAUCGAGUUUCCCAGCAACACGUACUCUGCAGAAAGCAAACUUCCCGUCAUUCAUGCAUAUGGUGCCGGGGGCAGAGGGUUUGAAAUCAGUUGGGGGGUCGCUAGUAGCGUCUCAAAGCUGGCAAAGGGCCUCAUGGUGAAGCUUGACCAAACCAAGGGAAGGCUCGCUAAGCUAUAA